AGCGUUGAAUACGACGUCGUGGAGGAGCAAAGCCUUUUCCCGAAGCAAGAUCGUGGUCGUUGUUGGGGGUUCAGACAGCGCAAUUGAAAGCUCAGGAGCAUUGUUUCGAUAAAUCUGUCGCAGGAAAACAAAACAAAAGGAAAAGGAUGAUUAGCAUUCUCACCCAGGAACGGCUUCUGGGAGCUUCAUUGGGAGUUGUAUUGACGGGAGUUGUUGUGUUUGAGCAACGCAGAUACAUCUACGCUUCUAUUUCCGAUUCCCAAUCUCAGUUGGUUAUACUGCCACACUUCACUGCAUGGGAAGGAUUCAAAAUGAGAGAUGGAAUUGUUCACCAUGUUCAUGUUAAAGAACCUAUAUUUGGGAAGAAGUCACGUUCUGAAUUUGCACAUGUAUGGAACAAAACUGUGGAUCAGACAUUUGGACCUUUGAUAAAGUCUCUCAGCUCACGUGGAUGGUAGAAAUGUUAUGAGUGAUUUUAUUUUUAGUACCAUCUCUUGUAAUUUUGAUAUCAAAACAUACAAUACUUGGCCUUAUUUUUGCCUUAUUCUAAAUAGUUUGUUAAAUGGUUGUGCACAUGGGCAGUGCUGACGAUGUUUAAAAACCAGUGUAAUGUUUUCUGCAAUACUUUUGUGUUGCUUUAAUAUAUGAAUCAAGAUACCUGAUUCUUCUUCCUUGGAGCA